UGUUUAUGGAACGCACGUGGAAAAAAGUGAAGUAACAACUAGAAUGGGGCAGAAAAAUCGUAAUACAAGAGUUGUUCCUCGUUCGAAGAAUGUCGGAAGGAAGAAAUGGAAAAAAGGUCACAGCAGUAGCAGUAAUCCAGAGACAAAACGAUUUAGAGAGGCAGCGAAGAGUAGAUUCUUUAACACAAAGUCAGGUCCGAGCUCACUGACAGUGGAUGCUUUGGCCAAACACAAUGAAGUUCAUGUGGAUGGUGACGGCGAUGCUAUUCUGUCAGACGAGGAGUCGGAUAGACAGACAGCAGGAGGAAAAACAUUUAAUACAUGGGCAACAAAUUGGACAGAUUGUACCAACGUCACUUUCAGCAAAGUCCAUCGAUAUUGGGCUUCAAACUCGGCCCAACACAGAGAGAUAUUGGCUAUUUUGGCUGCUGUAACAGAAGUGAUCAAGGCCCAAGGAGGAACAGAGACAGAAACAGAAUAUUUCGCCGCACUGAUGACGGCCAUGGAGACAACCGAAGCACUGGACUCUCUCACAGCUAUAACUUACCUCCUCAGCCUCGUCCUUAAAAGAGUGCCACCAACUGUAUUGAGGAGUAGAUUUUCUGAAGUUGCUCGACAACUUUUGGAUGUGAUGGCAACCCAUGCUGACGGAGAUUCAACUUCUCUUCUGAAAUCGCUGAUCAUGUCCCUAGCAGCACUUCUGCGAGUCCAGGAGCCGGCUGUGUGGUCUAACUCAUCCACCCACAGGAUUUAUUCGGGCCUCCUUACCUUCACCACCCACAAAAAACCCAAAGUUAGGAAAGCCGCACACAAGGCUGUCUGUAUAGUACUGAGGGGUAGCCUUUUUAUGACCCAAGGGGACCCUCCACCACACCACCCAGCGGCCUCCAUCACCGCCAAAUUCGGUAUCCAGAAAAUCGAGGAGUGCGGAGGGACAGGCGAUGCUACAGACACACUACACACACUCUCCCUACUGAAGGAAGUGGUGGGGCUCCUUCCUCAGCACAGCACCAAAUCUGUGUGUGAGACCAUACUGAGGCUGAUGACACUCAGUAACCCUAUGGUGACCGCCAGCAGUAUGCAGACACUUCAUGGUCUUUUUUCUUCCAACGCCAAAAUCACAAGUUUUUCCUCCGAGCUAAAUGGUCAGAUUAUUACAGCCCUGUAUGACUACCAGCCGUCGGAGAAUGAUGUACAGCCCAUGCAGGCCUGGCUGACAGUCAUGGAGAAGGCUCACAACAACCUCGUUAGACUUGAUGAGAAGCUCGGUAUCAGUCACCUGCCCCGUCUUUUCUCCACGGCGAUGGCCAGUUUGUUGUCCGAUAAAGAGGAAGUGAGAGCCUCCGCAGCCAAGACAAUGAAGAAUCUACUGAAGUUGUGCCUGAGUACAGUAUCUGAGGGACUCGUGGGUGUUGUCAGAUCUGCCCCAGAGGGGUCUCCAACACCUAUCCACAAAUUGGUGCGCGCGGUUGACAGCGGACUCAGCUACCAGUUCCACGCCUCAUGGGGACACGUCCUGAAUAUCUUUUCCAUCUUCUUCGAGGUUUUUGGAAAGCAGUGUCCACAACUGUUUAAAAAGAGUCUGUCCUCCAUAGCCAGUCUAAGGGACAGUCCUCGGUUUGCUUACAAGGCCGAGCUUGAUCAUGCGUUUGGUUGUGCAGUUAAAUACAUGGGUCCACGACUGGUACUGCAGGCAGUGCCUCUCAAUAUCACUGGCGAAAAUGAUGACUACAGUUUCCCGACCAGUUGGAUGAUCCCUGUGAUCCGAGAUAACUUACAUAAUACAGAGCUAGGAUUUUUUACAUCAUACUUCCUCCCACUCGCUGCCAAAUUUCGACAAAGAGCACUGGAGGGCAAUGACGGAGACAGCGUUGUGGUGAAGAAGUCGUACGAGGCUCUACACCGACAGAUCUGGUCCAUGUUACCGGGGUUCUGUACCAAACCUACAGACCUGACACAGUCUUUUAAAACUAUUGCCAAGGUCCUAGGUACAGCUAUCGGUGAUUGGCCAGAACUCCGCAUGGAAGUGAUGUCAUCGCUUCGUAGGCUUAUCAAUCAGAGUAAAGAGGAAGAGUCCAGUAAAAAAGCUGUAUCAAAGUUUGCCAAGAAUUUCCUUCCUAUCUUAUUUAACCUGUUUACUGCUGACCCUGAGAAAGAUAAAGAUCCUACAAGAUUAGCCGUCCUGGAGACCACCAAAUGUUACCUACAAAUAGCUGACACGCAGCUUGUGCAUUCUUUCUGUGAUAAAUGUCUAGAAAAGCUUGAAGAGGAAAAUGUCACUUCAUUUAGAAGACAAGCCUUACUGGACCUGGUGAUCGGCAUGGUAUCCUACCUCGACCACACACGAUUACGCUUGGUAUUGGACUACUGUAAACCUAAUCUACAGAACACAGAUCGGUCGCUCCAGAAGAAGUGUUACCGCUACAUGGAGGAGUUAUGUGCGUGUCGGUGUGAUACGAGUCGACAGUUUAUACAGGACAACCUUGCCGAGAUCCAGGAAGUCUUGUUGUCCUCCCUCUCUACAUCUAGUCCAUCAUCAAAGGCGCCUCGAUUGCGCUGCCUCAUCAACAUUUUCCAACAAUUAGGUGACUCUGAACAGGACUUCGUGCUGGCUGUUGUACCUGAGGCGAUCUUGUGUACGAAGGAGCUGGCGGAGCGUGCGAGGACGGCAGCGUACGGUUUGUUGGUGGAGAUGGGGAAGACACAGAUAAGAUGGGCAGACAACUCUGAUACAACUCCUCAAGCGGCUGUACAUAACUACUUUAGGACACUGAUGGCUGGACUGGCUGGAUCUCCUCAGAUGGUUAGUGCUACACUGCUGGCCCUGACACGAGUUCUUUACGAGUUCAAAGACCAUAUUGAUGGGAUACUACUGGAGUCAAUAAUAGACAACGCAUGUCUCCUGCUGAUGUCUCGGGCUCGUGAAGUUGUCAAGUCGACACUCAGCUUUAUCAAGGUCCUCCUGUCAGCCUACAAGGACACGACACUGGCGCCACACCUAAAGAAACUGAUGUCUAACUUGGUCAGUAUGAAGGAGGAUGCCAGGCACCAUUUCCGAUUUAAAGCCAAAGAAAUCUUCUCAAAACUCAUCAGAAAAUUUGGGUAUGAGACUAUCUAUGGAAUGGCCCCAGCCAGCAUCCAUAAAAUUCUGGUCAACAUUAGAAAAACACAGGAAAGGGCGAAGAAGGCCAAAAAGGCUGGCAAAGCUGAUGAAGAUUCUGACAGUGAAGAGGAACAACUCAGGACACAGCCAGAAACAGUGGAGGAAAUGCUACAGGACACUGACUCAGAGAUGGAGGAUGAUACAGAAAACAAGAGGAAAAAGAAGGGAGAGAAGAAGUCAUCCAAGGGAGAUAAGGGGGCGUGGCUACAGGAAGGAGACGAGGAUGAAAUCAUGGACUUCCUGGAUACCGCGGCUUCCAAGAAAGUCAUGGCAACCAAGCCACUUGCAAAGAAACAAGAUGUAAAACACAAAGAUGGAGGUUUCAAGAAGGCAGCCGACGGUCGGCUCAUUAUUACCCAGGAGAGUGACGAUGAAGGAGCUGGAGGUAAAAUCUCUGAUGAAGAUGACCUGGACGAGCUGUUGGAGGCCAUGGAGAAAGGUUCUGGUGCUACAAAGCGUGCCAAGAAGAGAAAGUUAGAAGAUAUUGGGUCAGAGGCUGGAGGCAGUGUGGUGUCCUCUCGCUACAAAGCUGGAGGUCAUGGUAUCCAUCGGUCUCUGAUGGGUGAUGUGAAGAAAACAAAGACAGCCAAGCCUAUAGGAGGGGAUUAUAAAUCAAAGAAAGCUGGAGGUGAUAUGAAGAAGAAGGGGAAACCGGACCCUUAUGCUUACGUACCACUGGACUUCCAGUCCCUCAAUAAAAGAAAAAAAGCAAAGAUGCAAGGACGAUUCAAUAAUCUAGUGAAAGGGGCUCGAAAAGGGGCUAUGAAGGGGUCAAAAGGCAAAGGUUCAAAGGGCAAGAAAUGAGAUAAAGCAGAAUCGGAAGACAAAAAAUUAGAUAAAGGAUAGAAAAACAAGGAUCGGAUUGGAGACCAAAUGACGUCACAUAUUUUUCUGUAGUAAUCAACUUCAGAAUGCGAAUUUCAAUCUAGGAAAUGGACGUCCUUCUCUGGUAAAAUAUGGUGAUGUUGGAGAUAUUCGAACCUUGUAUGCGGAGACAGUGAGGUUGUAACUUGGUACGGUGUCGUUUCGUGAAAGUAGCUGUAUAAACUUUCUGUUGUUCAUGAAACAUACUAUAAUGUAUAUUGUUAUGUACAGCUGUUAAUAAACAAUUGUUGAAUGUAAAAACAUUUUAUGAAUUUAAAUUGUACUGAAAAAUUGCAAAUAAAUAUUUAAUUUAAAGACAU